CCGCAGGUUAACUGAUAAACGAGCGUCCUUCUUGCGAACUAUGAUCCUCUAGGGCGGGCUUUGUGCAUGAAUUAUUACAACUUUAACCUUAGUGCUCCAAUACCCUGGAGGUUAAACGAUGCCUAGGAGCAGGAAAUAGCGCUAGUCAAAUGGCACACCGCAUUAGUCUUCCUGCUCAGUCAGGCUCAGUUGAACUUUUGUCGUUCCUGCCGAGCGAAAAAUAAUGAACCCGCGUACAGUUACCCUGCACUUUGCUACAACCCUUUUAUGGCUGUGGAUAUUGGUGCCAUAUGGAAGGUGUAAACUGCGCAAGGAGUACCAUCCGCCAGGGUACCGAAAUGUCGCAAUUAACGAGCUGCUGGAGCUCGCACAAGUCCCUACCAGUGACUCAAUUAUCUCGUUCAGCGACAACAAGGAAACGGCAUCUUCGAUAUUACCUGACCAACCCUCUCACCUGGAGCAGAGUCAGCAGCUGUCGGAUAGCGAUUUUGUCUUUGCCACCGGUUCCUGCCGCGAGCGCAUGCGUCUUGCGAAGUCAACGCGUGCUUGGCGACGUGGUAUACGUGGCUUCAUCCUUACAGACCAAAACGAGACGCAAGCCCUUCUGCGGCUUAAUGCCGAUGGCAAGCCCCACAAUGAGUCUUUUGCAUUCUUCCCCAACGACGGCGACCCGCUACUCGGCAUGGCACGUCAUGGGACCAUGCAGGGCGACACGCGGGCGGCGCUGGCACCCUUUGCUGCGCACAGGCACUACGGCGACACGUACAAGUGGAUGCUGUACGGAGAUGACGACACGCUCUUCUUCAUGGACGCGGUGAAGCGGCUGCUGGCCUCCUUCGACCCCGACCUGCCGCUCGCCUUCUCGGACAACCUCUGGUACCUGGGCGCGCACCCCAACCCGCACGCGCCGCGCUGCCUGCCCUGCCACCUGGCGGGGGAGAGCCUGCCCUCGCUGAAGGACAUACUCAGCACACACUAUGCGCGGGCCGCGCUCCGCAAGCAGCUGGCGGCUGCAAAGCAGCCCACCAGUGAGGCAGCACUGGAAGCGGCGGCAGCGGACCCCACGCAGGUGCCGGGGCGGCGCUACAUGCCGCAGCCCGCCUGCCCCUACUGCACCCCGCAAGCCGCGUGUGCACCGAUAACAAGCGCGAAGACGGAGUGCAAGGCCUCUGUACCCCACGGCGGCGCCGGCAUGAUCUUCUCCGUAGGCCUCCUACGCAUGCUGCCCUACCCCACCGCCCUCGCCUGCUUGCGGUCCUUCGAAGAGGCCUCCGGCGGGGACUUCAUGGUGGCAAACUGCCUCUGGCGACAUGGCAUCGCAUUUACGGAUCCAGGACCGCUCGUACGACACCUGUACGACCCGCACUUUGUGACGUUUGGGGCGCACUUUGGGCAGGGCUACCUGUGGGACCCGAUGGGCAUGCUGACGCAUGGGCGGUGCAAUGCGACGUGUCGGUGGAUGCUCCGGAACACGUUGAGCCUGCACAUCAAGGGGCGGCACUUCAAGAACUGGCGGGUUAGUGCAAUGCACAUGUGGGGAGUGGCGCAUGCGGCGCAGGCGGCCAAGUCGUUUUUGGAUCUGCUUGCCACGGGUAGCGGGAACACCAGCGUGCCACGUCAGCAUGUGCCGUACGGAGCUGAUCUUGAAACCGACACUGUGUUGCUACCAAGAUCUAAGAAUCAGCGUUGAGGUGGCUGGGUAGGAUGGGGAGAUGAAGGAAUAGGAGAUUGCCUGCCCCGAAAAGGCGGGAGCCUUGAGCUGGCUGCAUAACAGUUACAGAGCCUGGCAACUCAGUCCUGCUGUUGCUGUUGCUGUCUUCUGCUGUCGUCGUACUUUGCCGUCGCGUGAACUUCCACUGCUGUAUUAGUUCAAAGUUUGUGCUCACUGUUAUUUUCCAAGUCUCUUUUCGCUGCUGCAUAGGAUGAUGUCUGUUGGUGCGCAACCGCGGCAGGCAGACAUCGUCGGUGGCAGUUUGGUUCAUUGUACUGUCCAUGAAGAAACCUCACGCUUGCUGGCUGACCCGUGGGUUGCAUGUUAGCUCUUCCAUUACUUUCGUACAGUCUAUUGUGGCUUUGAUGGGAGGCAUUAACGUGACGAAGGUGGUCUGCUUGCUAGUGGGACGUCCUGAGUUUGAGCUGCAGGCAUACCUUGUUGUGUUUUAAAGCAGCUAAGAGCAUUAAAGCUAGGGCUCUAGUAAAAGAAGUAGACGAGGUUGGUGUAGCGCGGGAAUCAGGCUAUUAGGUCUGCGGUCAGAUCCAGGAUUUUAGUACGGCACACUUUAAUUGCUCGAUCUGGGUCGGUCUGAUCCAACUGUUAACUGGGUCUCUGACGAGGUGUGCAUGUCGAUUGUGUCGCAUGGCGUGUUUUCACGGGGUGGACGAAAGGACCCUUAUCGCAGAGGAGGUAUGCGAGUGUUACAGCAGAGGAGGGCUUGCAUGCAUGCAUUACCGGACAAUGCACCAAGUGGGGGUACUCUUUAUGUUCAGGAUUGGCGCCUUCCGGGGCGGCGCAUUGGAAACAUUUGCGGUGUUCUGGAGUCAGUCGUGGCUUUCUGUCUCGAUGUUCGCAACAGGGUUGUUUGUGACUUGAUCACAUAGUCUCGUUAAUAUCCAGGUUGCCCUGGCACCACAGGUUAUCGUGCGUUGCGAUGGGGGUUUCUCGACUGUUAUGACCCAUGGGUCAGUACGUGCAGGGGACACAGGUCCGGAGCCACCACGGCUGCUCCUGCAGCGUUACGUACGCUAUCCAUGAUGCUUUCUCUUGCCCAGUGCGUGUGAGAAUACCUGUUGGCUUCUUAGCAUUAAAAGUGUGUCUGGCCUAUGGAUGCGGCCAGUUUCUGUGAUGUCUUUUUUUGAUACCGUACCCUGCCCCUGUGGCCAUUUCAGAUGUAGCAAGUAGAGUAAGCGAGAGUUGCAAGUUAGCCACUAGGAGGUGGUUAAGAGUAAUUUGCUGCUGCAGCGGCAGCGGCUGCCGGUAGUGCGUUCCCUGAUCUGGGACUUGACGUACGAGGGUCCCAGUCCACCGAGACAGCAAAGCAAUCGUGUGGGUCGGAGGCAUUCGUAUUGGUUGCUGUCAGGCUUCAUAGGUAGUGAUUGUGAAGCGGGCGCAUGGUACUGCAUUGCUUCGAGGGCGCAUGUGCCUCAGGUCGCGCGUGCACCCCGUGUGCUUUACGUCGCGCAUCCUGCCGUGCUGGGUGAAUGCCAGGAGGAGCUUAUUAGGUGGUGCGUGGCCGGUUCGUUGAAGCUCGUUGGUUACCUGUGUUUGCUGAAAACCAGACAUUGUGUUGUGUUCGAUCGUGGCCUGCCAAGUGCCUCGCGUGGAGGUCAUUUAAACGACUGCGUGACAAACUCGGCAUAGCAGGGGUUUUGUAAGAAUCCGAGCCCCA